UCCCGACAUGAUCUUGAUUUUUUACUUAGCCGGAGUCAAGUUCUAGAUUUGAUUUGGCAAAAAUAUACACUUGUUCUUGAUUCCUACUAGGUUGAUAGUGUAUUGUUGCAUCAAAAACCUUUGAUUUAAACUGAAGCACUUCAGGCAAAGCAAAACAAAAAUGCAUUACUGGGUUCGAGCUAUAUCGUCUGAUUUCGCCGGGACUCCACCCCAACCUCGCAGUGGUCAUUCCGCUGUUAAUAUCGGGAAAUCCAAGGUUGUCGUGUUCGGUGGCUUAGUCGAUAAGAAGUUUCUCAGCGACAUAGCUGUUUAUGAUACUGAGGCCAAGCUAUGGCAUCAGCCUGAGUGCACAGGAAGUGGUUCAGAUGGGCAUGUGGGUCCCAGCCCUCGGGCUUUCCAUGUUGCUGUUGCAAUUGAUUGUCACAUGUUUAUUUUUGGGGGCCGUUCUGGGGGUCAGAGGUUGGGGGACUUUUGGGUUUUGGAUACUGAUAUAUGGCAGUGGUCUGAGCUUACUAGUUUUGGUGACUUGCCUUCCCCGCGAGAUUUUGCUGCAGCUUCGGCAGUUGGAAACCGGAAAAUUGUCAUGUAUGGUGGAUGGGAUGGAAAAAAGUGGCUAUCUGAUGUUUAUGUAUUGGAUACAAUAUCACUCGAGUGGAUGGAGCUCUCAGUUGCUGGCACAUUGCCUCACCCUAGAUGUGGGCAUACUGCCACAAUGGUCGAAAAACGGUUGCUUGUUUAUGGUGGAAGAGGAGGAGGCGGACCAAUUAUGGGUGAUUUAUGGGCCUUGAAGGGCCUCAUUGAAGAAGAGAAUGAAGCACCAGGGUGGACUCAAUUAAAGCUUCCAGGUCAAGCACCUUCUCCCCGUUGUGGCCAUACAGUUACAUCUGGAGGACAUUAUUGGAUUUUGCAGUUGUUGAUGUUUGGAGGGCAUGGGACUGGUGGAUGGUUGAGUCGUUAUGAUAUCUACUAUAAUGAUUGCAUUAUAUUAGACAGAGUUUCAGCACAGUGGAAGCGGCUUGCAAUAGGCAAUGAACCCCCUCCUGCUAGAGCAUACCACUCUUUGACAGUUAUUGGUUCACGGUAUCUACUAAUUGGUGGUUUUGAUGGGAAAUCAACUUAUGGUGAUCCAUGGUGGUUAGUCCCUCAAGGGGACCCAAUUGCAAAUAGAUUAACUACAUCUCCCCCUAGAAGUAUUCCUGAAAGUAAGGAUGCUUCACUUAAUGAUGAUUUUCAAUCUCAAUUCAAGGAAAGUCAAACAGAUAGGUUUUCUUUCUCUGAAUUGCAAAGGAGAUUGCAAAUAUCAGUUUCAGCCUCCAAUUCUAGGAUUCAAAUUGUAAAUGAGUUGGAAGACAAAGAGCUUCUUGAAUUAGCAUCAAGAUUAGCAGAUGAAAAAGUUUCUACAAAUUCACUGGCAAUUGAAGCGCUUCGUGAGCAUUGGAAAAAGUCUGAAUCAAAUACAAUUAAACUCAAAGAGCUGGGACCAUUGCUUCGGGAUUACCAACGUCUUAUUCAUCGGCACUAUCUAGAAAGGAGUGCAUCUGACCAGCAACCUGGAUUUGGUGAACAAGUGCGUCAAUUUUACCAUGUCAAAAAUGCUACUCAGUUGCGCAUGGAUGAUAUUCCAAAACUUCUGGUCGAGUACAAGCGCCUACCUAUAUGAAUAUUUGUUCGAUGAAAAUGACUUUUUUACCCUAGAGACAAGGAGCAAAAGAAAUCCAUAGUGAAUAUUAUCUAACUUAUAUGAAAUGCAAAGCAUGGUUCCCAGAUAUGUAUGCAUGAUUCACUGUAAGGUUUUGGUAUAAGUUACAAUUUUUAAGAGCAUCGACCUUGUUAAUAUCCUAAAAUGUAGUUUUUCUAUUUUCAACAUCAUAGUCAUACGUCGACAAAGAUGUUCAAUCAUAUCGACUGUAUAAUGUUGGAUGUACAAAAUUAAUUGUUUUUU